GAUUGGUCAACGGUGUUCCAAGUCACGGGUGGAGACAUUUAUUAAAGCUCUUAGUUUGAACUUAUUCUAGAUGUGUUUGUUGUUUUUUUAAUGGGAUGUAAUGGAGAUUAUCGUGAUCUGCUAAGAGACUUUUAUUUGUGUGGGCAUUGAUAAAGGAAUAUAUAUUUGGUUUAAUUUUGCUUGUAAUCGUUUUCACAAUUAUCGAUUUGUGUUCGUUUAUUUAUGUAUUUCUGAUUACUAGAGUUACGGAACACAUAAAUAAAUGCAGAAAUAAUAAUAAUAGUCAUUCAUUUAGGCAUAUAUGUAAGCUUAAGUUGUACUUUGUACACAUAAUAUAUAUUUUAAUAUUGUGUGCCUGUAUAAACAUUUUUAAAAAAUGAAUUGAAUGUUAACAAAUAUUACGACUUUUAUUCGUUAUUUCUAAUUAUUAUAUUGGAGUAAGGAAUGCAGAAAUAAAUGGAUAAACAGAUACUUUAUCUGUAAGCUGCCUCGUGUUUAUGUGAGAAUUUUUUUUUUACAUUUCUCUUCUGAGUUUAUUAUUAUUAUUAUUAUUACACAAUUAUGAAUCACAAUUGUUUAUUUACAUUUUAUUUUGAUUUAUUUUUAUUUUGUUGUUGUUUUUUUAAAACUCUUAUUUAACUUCACUUCCUCUGCGGUUUUACGUGCCUGGAGGACCAGGCGAAAAGUUCCCAGAAUUCCAUAGAGGAAGAACUUGGCCGUGUUCGCGUAGAACCGCACAGUUAAACCUGGGCUCUCCUGUUUCCAGAACACCGCCAUACUACAGAUUAUACCGCGGCGUCCUGUUAAGGCGUAUUAACCCGUUUUAUCUGCUCUCUAACGUUCCUUUCGUAGCUUGUUUACAUCGACUCUCUAGUGGCUAACAAGCUAACCAGGCACUUGCUAGCUGCUUCCGUCGCACAGUGACGCACGGCACACUUUGAUGACGUAAACGUGCGGGUUAAUGUAAAUGUUUAAAUGCUUGUACUAGUUGCUAACUUGUUACGGGGUCGCUAGUUUAUUACGGUACGUUUUAGAAAGUCCUGAUACACAAAAUGUCAAAGUAAAAACGACAAUUUAGUCGCGGUUGCAGCUGUGAGGUCGACGUCAUCACCCCGCGACGAGAUUUUCGACCAAUCUGAAGUCAGAACUGGCCUUCUCUGGUUUUAUUGUGGGGGAAAACAGGGGGUCGGCGUCUGUAUCUCGGGCGUGGGGAUCUGUUAUGGUGAAUUGGUGCAUAAUAAAUAAGUUUGGUUUACUGUUUAUGAACGGAAUGUGUAUUAGAGUCACUGAAGCCUCUUUAGAAAACUGUGCGACUCAGUUAAUGAUUAAUCGGGCGCUUGAAUAACGUUACCCGUUACCGGAAUUCUGAAUGGGUUGACAGCGUUGUGUAUUGCAUCGCGGUAGCAUAUUUAAAAUAAUAAUAACAACAACAACAGAACCGAUCUCGAGUAAACAGACGGAUUGACCGGAUUUCGCGAUGAACUCGAAGCGAAACAAUGCGGGUGAAAAUGGAGGAGGAGGACGCAUGAACCCGGCGAGCGAAACCGGAACGCACCGGAAACCCAGCAGCGCGAGCUCUCCCGGUAAAGCCGGAGCGCGAGCGGACAGGGGCGAGCACGCGCACGACAGCAGGAGCACCGUGUCUGUCUCCUCACUCAGGUCCCGCCUCGGUCCCACUAUCAGGUCCGCUCUGUCCUCUGCAGUGGAGACGCUGCUGGGCGAGAUCGCGGCGGUGAUGUCGGAAACCGAGGACGAGCUGCUGUCCAAAGAGCGCGAGAACGAGAGGCUGAAGGCACGACUGGACGCCUCUGAGCGCGAGCUGAAGACGCUGCAGGAGUGCCUGUGCAGCGCCCAGAAGCUGAUCGAUCAGCUGCAGGGUCCAUUCAGCAGCCAUCCUCCUCCUCUUCCUCCUCCCAUGUCCGGGCAGCACGGUUACACCAACCCGGCUCCGCCCACCAACGCAGGUCGCCUGACGCACCGUGGAGCAGGAGACGAUGCCGACCCGCGCUGCUUCGCCAACAGCGAGGCAGAGUUGAGUGGCGCGCUCGGAGACGCCAUCCACGGCUUCGAGGCCAGGGACGAGUUCAAAAGCUGCCACCUGUCCAUCCAGGCGGAUGGCACCGUCACCAACAGCUACUAUGACCCCAUGGCCGUGCACACCGCCGGCAUGUGCCACGACGUCAACAGGGCAGGUGAGAUGAGUGAUCGACGGCUGUCUCACCCUCCCUCACACUCUCCCUACGGGGUGAAGGAGGAACAGACUCCAACUUCAGGGCCGGUGCGUGUCCGAGGCGACGCCGAACACGGCGGCCAGAGCGAGUGCGACCAGGGUUACGCCCACGUGGUGGAGGAGCAGGGCGUUCCGCGUUCCCGGCGACACGCCGCUAAACAUGCUCCCUCUUCCGGCUCGCAUAACGGCCCUUCUUCUUCCUCAGUUGGAACGCCUCCGCAGGGGCCGUCCGGUCUCCGCACCUCCUCCAGAGUCGUGUCCGCAGCGCCCUCUAGGCAGAGCCCCGGUACGAGCGACUCCUCCCCUGACGCCCGGCGGCGUCGACGCCCGCCCUCGGAGCUGAUGGGCGAGGUGGCCGGCGACCGACCGCACCUCUGCCUGGAGUGCGGCAAGACGUUCCGGCUGCUCUCGAGCCUGAAGAAGCACCUGCGCAUCCACACGGGAGAGAAGCCGUACCCGUGCAGCGUGUGCGGACGGCGAUUCCGCGAAUCCGGCGCGCUCAAGACACACCUGCGCAUCCACACGGGCGAGAAGCCGUACGCGUGCAGCGAGUGUGGCGCACGCUUCCGUCACCUGGACGGCCUGCGCAAGCACGGACGCACGCACACGGGCGAGAAGCCGUACGCCUGCGGCGUGUGCGGGAAACGCCUCAGCCGCCUGCAGCACCUCAAACACCAUCAGCGCAUCCACACGGGCGAGCGGCCGUGCCGAUGCCCUCUGUGCCAGCGCUCGUUCCAGGACGCCGCUAGCCUCAGGAAGCACCUGGUCAGCGUGCACCAGGGAGAACCGGGCGCCGAGGAAGCCCACGAGAGGCUGGCGGCCACCGAGCUCGGCGAACACGAGAUCCAGGGCUCCGUAGAGGACGAGGAGAUGCGGUUCGAGAUGUGGGAGGAGGAGCGCGAGGAAGGCGACGCCGCCGUGGACUGCGUGUAGAAUUGAUUCUGAAAAUUGCCCGAGAGUUAGAAUUGGAUUUAUUGAUUCUGACGAGAAAUUGAACAUCCGCCAUGUUGGAGAAAUCCGAAUGAAACUAGUCCUAAUGAAACGAUCCCGGCUUUCCGGAGCACGUACGCAGAGCAACGAUGUAUUAUAACCCGCUGACCUGAAGCUUGAACGUGGACGAAAGGACUGAUGCUUUUGGAGGUCGGUUCGCUUGUUGCAACGCGGACGUCACGUCGUCAGAACGUAUUUCCGUCAUCAGUAUUCCCACAAACGGACUUCCUGCUUCUCCGGACACUCUGUGUGUCACGUUCCUGGUUCGCCGUUGUAGUUAGUAAUAAUGUAAUAUAGGUACUGUGGGGAAUAGAACUGUGACCAUCGUGGACAUCAUUAAGAGUUCUCUCGCUCUUCCUCUUAUGCACACACACACACACACACACAGGCGCGCGCAUAAAUCAGCUGGGGAAAAAAUUAAAGCUUGCUUUUUAAAAAAAAAAAGAAAGAAAAAAAGCUGUGCAUCCAUAUAAACAAACUUUACUUUCGCAAUAAAUAUAUAACUUUACUUUUCACAAUAUUUUAUUUAAAGCUCCAGUUUGCAAUUUACAAAUCCAUAAUAUUUUUUCGAUGCUUUUCAGAAACUGUGAUUUCGCUCCCAACGAAUUGCUUUGUUUCAGUUCAUUUGCAUGUACGUUUUUCUGGCCCUGAAAUCCUGCUCGGCUUUUUGUCCUUCAUCGGCGACUCAAAACAAAAGCAUUUGUGAUUUUCACAAAGGAGGUGAAGUCAGUUAUGAGGAACGGGAUAAAGAAUGUCAGCGGAGGGAUAUAUUAUGAAAAUUACAUACCGCUGCUUUAAAAAGUUGAUAACCGCAAAAAAAUGAUUCGUUGGUUGGAGCGACAGUUAACGUUCAGUAAUCAAUAGCAGCUGAUAAUAAUUCAUGAUCAUUUUAGCACAAAUAAUAAAUCUCAUUGUCGCAGUUUUAUUUUUUUUAAAACAAAAAUUUUUAAGUCGAGAAGUGUUAACGAUCGUAUUCGUCUCCAGUGCGAAAGUAAAAGUGCAAACGUCUAGACUUCCGACCAUGUCACUUCGCUGAUUGGCUGCGUUUCCACCCAAAAACAUAACUGGAACAACUGCAGUAAACAAAAUCUUCAGAGACAAGAAACGGAAAGGAAACACACACACACACACACACACACACACACACACACAUAUAUAUAUAUAUAUAUAUAUAUAUAUAUAUAUAUGUAUGUAUAUGUGUAUAUAUGUAUGUAUAUGUGUGUAUGUGUAUAUUAUUAGUGCCCUCUUCUGGUCAAACUCAGAAACUGCAGGUUGGGGAUUUAUCAAGCAAAAGUUGUUGUGUUCAUUGUUACUAUUAUUUUAUUUUUUUGUUAAGUAUUUCCAUAUUUUAACUCGUUACCUCCCGGCUUAUUGAUCUUUCUAUUGUGUUUCUGUACAGUUUUUAAAAUGAACAGGAAGGUCAAAAAUUUUAGAAACGCCCUCUUCUGGUCAAAACGAUAAACUGCAUGUUUGAUCUCUCUUUGUCGUUGUUUUUUUUGUUAUGUUUGUCCCCCCCCCCCCCCCAUUUUAUUUGAUUAAUUUUUGUGUGUAUACUCCUGUUAGCUCCAGUCAUACUGAUAUAUCUGUUGUGUAUCGCUGAAUACGGUUUAGAAAAAGACUCAAACGUAUAGAAUCGUGCUGCCCCCUAAUGGUCAAACGAGAAACUGCAUGAUCGGGUUUUUAACGAAGGUAUGAUUUUAGGUUUUUACCCAGUUUCCUCCACGCUUGUUGAUAUUUCUAGUGUGUAUUUUUGAAUAUAGUAUAAAAAAGGGACGUCAUAAUGCUUAGAAACGUGCUGCCCCCUUAUGGUCAAAUCAACAAACUACAUGUUGAAUGUUUUAUAAAGCAAGUUAUUUUGUUCGUUUUUUUUUCUUUUUUUUUUUGUACCCCGUUAAGGGCGGAGCUACAGUUUGGAUGUUUUCUACAGCAGGAGUCAUAUUGUGUUUUUUGUAUUUUUCUGUGUUUUAGCCCUUCACCUCCAGUCUUAUAGACAUUUGUGAAUAUAUAUAUAUAUAUAUAUAGCAUAUAAAACCAUUUUCAGAUUAUUUUUUGUUGUUAAAGCCGGGGUGUUUUCUGUUUUUAACCACCAUUCACGCUUUCAUUGCAUGUUUUACCCUUUAUGGAUAUUAUAACGUGUUUUCACGGGAGUUUGUAAACCUUUUUGGACUUUUAUGUUUGUUUGUUUGUAUUUACAGCUUUUUUUUUUUUUGUCUAGUGUAAAAAUAUAGCUCUGUAGAAGAUACUCUAAAACUAAUACCGACAUAAGCCGUGUUUUAUUAACACUUCCACGUGUAAAUAACCUUUAGAUAUAUCUCGUUUUAGUGUUGAAUAAAUGUGAGUAAAUACAAGUUUGGUAAAUGUUACGUAAACAGGACACAUUAGUUUUACUGUUGGUGUGUUUUUUGUUUUGUUUUUUUAAAUAAAAUCGAGCAUGCGUUUUGUAAACCUGAAUCUGUGUUUCCCCUCAUAAAAACAUCUGUUAAAUGUCUUUCGCCGCCUUUUUUUUCCCUGCAUACAUGGCCAUGUGGUGCACUGUGGUGUAAGUGUGUGUGUGUGUGUGUGUGUGUGUGUGUGUUUACAUGUACAUGUAUGCACAGUAUGACUAAUUACUGUGUG